AUGUUUAGAAAAAGCAUCGCAAUCGUUCCCUUCUGCUUAUUGGCAGUCACCCAUCCUGUGACAUGCUCAUGUCCUGACAGAACCUACUUUGUUCAGUCGAAAUCCUCUAAAACUUUGGAUGGGGCUAUAAAGGAUUGCGCCAGCCAGGGUUUAGGUUUGUUAGAAAUAAAAAAUGAGGUAAUGCAGGCCGAAGUUGAAAAAUACGUCUGUGCGAAAAACAAUUUAGUGAACGAAAGAUUGUGGCUGAAUGUCAAAUCAGAUGAAAGUAAUCCUUAUUGGAAAUCAGAUGGAACCUAUAUUUAUCAGAAUCCAUUGCUGCAAAGUUUCUUUGGCACGGCUGUUUACCUUCUUUGUGGACUGUCUCACAUUUCCGACUGUGAAUGCUACUGGUUUGCUGCUUCCAUGAGAUCAAUUAGCUACAAAUACAUCUGCUACUGCCAGCAACAAGAAACAGAUCCAGAUAUGCAAGAUACACCACCAGAAUCGUCUUCAAUAUCAUCAAAUUUGUCAUCAUUUACUUCAAAACCAUCAAAGUCAUCACCUCUGGCCAUUGGUCUUGGUGUCGGGAUUCCUGCUUUCAUCAUUCUCAUCAUCGUCGUCGUCGUCAUCACUUUUUGGAAAAGAUGUAAGGCACCAAAAGGAGCCCAACAGCAUCCUAACGAAAGGAAUGUUCUAGAGGGUGUGGAAGUUGGUGAUAUUUAUGAUUCCAUCCCAUGCAACGCAACGCACAACGACUACAGUAAUCUUCGCGACAUCAACAACAAUUUUAACAACAACAACAACUUCCACAACAACAACAUCAACAACAUUUACUUCAACGACAUAGACGAUUAUGUCAACAAAAAUGAUGUCACCAUUAAGGAUGACGAGGAAGAACAGAUCAAUAACAGAAAUGUAAAUAAUAACAGUAACAAUGAUAACAAUAAUAGCAACAAUAAUAAUAACAACAACAACAACAACAACAUUCUCAGCAACAGACAGAGCCAAAGAAUUCGCCAUUUUGUCAACAGCAAAGUCGCAUUUAUCACCAAAAGGCUUAACAACAAGAACAACAACAACAACAACAACGACAACAAAAAUAAUAAUAAAAAUAAUAGCAAUAAUGAUGAUGAUGAUGGUGAUGUUGAACGGUCCAAAUAUGAAAGCGACAUCAAACAUUAUUGUAACGGAAAUUCUCACAUCAAUAAAAAACAUAACAACAAUAAUAAUAAUAAUAAUAAGAAGGAGAAGAAAAAAAAUAAAAAUAACAACAAUAACAAUAAUUCAUCAGGGUACAAUAACGGCGCUGACAUCAUCAACAACCACAACGAGGCCAAAGAUACUAAAAACGGAUGUUUCGAAAAUUAUUCCAACAAGAAUUCUCGGGUUAAACACAUUAAUAACAAUAACAACAACAAUACAAAAAACAUUAACAACAACAACAAUAAUAAUAAUAACAGUGAUGCAAUUUUCAUCAUCAGCGGAAAUGACAUUAACGUUAAUUCUGAAAUGGACUAUAGCAUUAACAGCAAUGACAUCAUCAUCGACAACAACAACAAUAAAUAUGACAAUAAUAACAUUAACAGCAACUACAGCAACUACAACAACAACAACAAAGACAUUAACAACAAUAAUGAUGACAUCACAAGUUAUUGUAAUAAAAAUUCUCACAUGACCAGCAAGAAAAACAUCAACAAAAAAACCUCAAAUAGAAUCGCGAUAUUAACAUUCUCGAACGCUUGA